AUGAAGAUCAAUAUAUCACAUAUAUUGAGACUGGUACAAUGGUCUGCCUAUGCAUGUACUCUUCUGCUGGUUAAACUUUUUAUCAUUUUCCCGCUAGCAGUACUGUUAUUCCAUGAUCUUUACCUAAGGUUAUUACCAGCGGAUUCUUCCAAUUGGGUACCCUUUGACACUUUAAGAGAAUUAAAGCAUGAUUGGAGUGAAACUGGUUGGAGGUUUAGUCAAGAUAUUAAAAGGAUUGAUGCAGAUUACGAAUUACCCAAAGCUUUGGAUAAUGGAAUAUCUCAACCAAUAUAUUUAAGAGAUCAUAUCUUGUACAAGAUGGAUUUAAAUUUACAAUUUUACUGUGUCCAUCUUUUCAAUGAUAAGCAAAAAAGUAAUUUAGUGGAAUUGGAAUUGCUGAUUUUUGACCGACUUGCAAAGCAUAAAUUGUUUAGGAAAAGGAUUCCUAUUAUCUGUCUUAGUGAAGAAUAUCCGACUGCAUUGGGAGUACCUUCUUCCAAAUAUAGAUCAUCGAGACUGGAAUUGUAUCGAAAGGAAUGGUUGAAUGAAUUGGAAUUAGAUGACAAAAUCCAAAUCCAUCCAAAAAUGCGAUCAAUAGACUUCGUUUUACAAACUGUGGAGCCGACCCAAUUGAUCUUUGAACCUGAAUCAGGGAUCAAAUUUAGAAUGCAUUCCCCCCAAGGUCUAAUUAAUUUUAUGCUUAGAUGGCGCAGGACCACCUACUUUGUAGGAAUCGCCCUUUUCGACUUGGCAAUAACGACUCUAUUCAGUAUCACGGCCCUAUCAACAUUCGCUCUAGUCUCCAAGAAAUUACCUGGGAAUGAACGCAAGAUUAGUUAA